AUGGCAGCCAUAGCCACACUUUUAAUAUUCACGCACUUGUUUUUAACCGUUCUACAUGCCUCAUCAAACCCAGAUUUCGAGCAUUUACUAGCAUUCAAAUCCUCCUCUGACGCAUCCAACAAGCUAGCCACCUGGAACUCAAGCUCCGACCUGUGCACCUGGUUCGGCGUCUCCUGCACCCGAAACCGAGUCUCGCGACUGGUCCUCGAAAACCUGGACCUCCACGGCUCGUUCGAGCCCCUAACCGCGUUAACUCAGCUCCGAGUUCUCAGCCUCAAGCGGAACCGUCUCUCCGGCCCCAUUCCCGACCUCUCAAACCUCACCGCUCUCAAACUUCUCUUCCUCUCAUACAACGACUUCUCCGGCGACUUUCCCGCCUCCGUCACCUCGCUCUUCCGGCUCUACCGACUCGAUCUAUCCUACAACAACUUGUCCGGCCACAUUCCCUCCACGGUCAACCAUUUGACCCAUCUUCUCACUCUCCGGCUCGAGGUUAAUCGGUUCGCAGGUUCGAUUUCCGGCUUGAACCUCCCGAAUCUGCAGGAUUUUAAUGUGUCUGCAAACCGUUUGACCGGCGAAAUACCGAAGUCCUUUUCAGGUUUUCCCGAAUCCGCUUUCGCUCAAAACCCGGGUCUAUGCGGGUCUCCGGUGCUGAACUGCAAGGGUCUGGUGAACAACCCGACUCGGCCCGGAUUUGAUGGAGCUAUCGCUUCUCCUGUAAUGCCGGCUGCUAAUCCAACAGUAGUAGCAUCGUCUCCGAGUUCACUGCCGGGAAACUCAACGCCGAACAAAUCAACAAAUACUCGCCGCAAUGGAACAUCGAAAAUAAGUCCAGAGGCUCUCAUCGCGAUUAUAGUCGGCGACGCAUUGGUUCUUGUUUUUGUUUCACUGCUCCUAUACUGCUAUUUUUUGCGGAACUUCAGCCCCAAAAUGCGGCAGGGCAAGAGCAGCUCGAAGCUUCUAGAAAGCGAGAAGAUAGUAUACUCUUCAAGCCCGUACUCGGCUCAACACGGGACCGAGCGGGGUCAGAUGGUGUUUUUCGAGGGGGUGAAGCGGUUCGAGCUCGAGGACUUGCUCAGAGCCUCGGCGGAGAUGUUGGGUAAAGGCGGGUUCGGAACGGCAUACAAGGCGGUUCUGGACGACGGCAAUGUGGUGGCGGUGAAGAGGCUCAAGGAUGCGCAGAUUGGUGGGAAGCGAGAGUUCGAGCAGCACAUGGCGGUGUUGGGGCGGCUCAGCCAUCCCAAUAUUGUUAGUUUGAGAGCUUAUUAUUUUGCCAGGGAGGAGAAGUUGCUGGUCUACGAUUACAUGUCGAAUGGUAGCUUAUUUUGGCUGCUUCACGGAAACCGGGGCCCCGGUCGAACCCCACUGGACUGGACCACGAGGCUGAAAAUCGCAGCGGGAGCGGCUCGAGGCCUAGCUUGUAUUCACAACUCGUGCAGUCCGCUUAAGCUCACCCACGGUAACAUCAAAUCCACCAACAUCCUAUUAGACAAGACCGGCAAUGCUCGUGUCUCUGACUUCGGACUCUCCGUGUUUGUACUUCCUCCCCCAGCCACGUCAUCCGCUCCACGAUCCUGCGGCUACCGCGCUCCCGAGACGUUGGACGGUCGAAAAUUAACUCAAAAAUCCGAUGUGUACGCUUUCGGUGUGCUUCUGCUGGAGCUGCUCACAGGGAAGUGCCCCUCCGUCGUGGACAGUGGUGGGCCUGGGGGUGGUUAUGGUGGGCUUGUGGACCUGCCCAGGUGGGUCCAGUCUGUGGUCAGAGAGGAAUGGACGGCGGAGGUGUUUGACCUUGAGCUGAUGAGGUACAAGGAUAUAGAGGAGGAGAUGGUGGGGCUUCUGCAGAUCGCGAUGGCUUGCACCGCCGCUUCGCCUGAUCAACGGCCCAGGAUGAGCCAGGUGGUGAAAAUGAUCGACGAGAUUCAGGGUGUGGUGGGCUCCCCGAGUCAUGAGGCCUUUGACUCCAUGUCCGAGUCGCCUUCCUUGUCGGAGGACACUUGCGGCGCCAGCCAGUAA